GUUCCAUAACUUUAUCCGUAGGGGGUGUUUUGCAUUUCUUGGCGCGAGUAAAUUUAUAUUUCGAUGAUAACAUGUGUAUGAAAACCUAUUCAUAUCAUUUAAACUAAUUUUAAGAAAAUAGGUAGGUCUUUCGGAUUCAUUUGAGAAUAGCUCAAAUUAUAUAAUAUAAGAGGUUGUAAUCUCCCCCCAGCACCCUGUAUGGUACAGUCGUCCCGAGACAAAAGCUCUUCUCUGGGUUUAAACCCAGUUAGCGAACUUUUGUAAAGUUUUGUAUGUCUCGGCAUCUAGUUGGAUGAUGCAUUUUUUUACCGAGUUGUUUUUAAUUUAACGAUGGAUACCAAAUCGUUACUUCUCCUCGCUGGGAAUGUUUACUCGCCGUAACGUUAUUCCUCCUAAUGUGGAUUGUAUCUGGCUAUCUUGUUAGCUGGCUCGGCUAACCGUUAGCCUACGCCGGUAGAUGCUUUUCCAGCCAUGUCGAAGGUGAUUUUAAUGGGGAAGCUCGACCAUGCUGAUGUGUUCCUCUGAGAAAGGUGAUUUUAAUCUGACUCCCCGGACCGUGGCGCGGCUGGUCCUGGAGGCCGGGCAGGAGCACCGACAUGGGGGAGGAAACUCAUCCAACGGGAGCACGGCGAGUAACUCCCCCCGGAGUACGCCCGGCAGCUCCCCCUCCCUGCGCCGCCGGGUGCUGGGGGGGGGACGGAGCAGCGAGACUGAGGGGGGCGGGGGCGGGGGCGGGGGCGGGGGGGAGAAGGGAGCGGCCGAGAGCCCCCUGCCCUCCAUCCCCUCCGGCUCUUCCCUCGGCUCGGCCUACCCCCUCGCUUCACGCCACUUCAGCCGCAAUGCCAAGAAGAUGCAGAGCUGGUACAAUGUCCUCAGUCCAACAUACAAACAGAGAAACGAAGACUUCCGGAAACUCUUCAAGAAGUUACCAGAUACAGAGAGGCUGAUAGUUGACUACUCGUGUGCACUUCAGAAGGACAUCCUCCUCCAAGGUCGUCUCUACCUAUCGGAGAACUGGCUCUGCUUCUACAGCAACAUCUUCCGCUGGGAAACCACUAUCACUAUCCCGUUGAAAGAUGUUACCAGUCUGACGAAGGAGAAAACGGCCAAACUGAUUCCUAACGCUAUCCAGAUCAGCACGGACAGUGACAAGCACUUCUUCACGUCGUUCGGCGCGAGGGAUCGAAGCUUCAUGAUGAUCUUCAGGCUCUGGCAGAACGCCCUGAUGGACAAGACUCUCUCUCCUAAGGAGCUAUGGCACAUCGUACACCAGUGUUAUGGAACCGAACUGGGUCUUACCAGCGAAGAUGACGACUAUGUCUCCCCUCUCCAGCACCUCAACGGCCUUCUACCUGGAGAGGAGUCAGAGUCGGUGUCCGACCUGCUGGAACUCGGCUCGGCCUCUCUCCCGGGCUUCCCUCCCUGCGGACCCCUCAGUCCUCUCGGGGAGACUCCUCCCGGUUCCUCGUCCCACCUCUCUGUGGAGGAGGUGUCCUCGCUGUGUCGCAGACGCAGUUCAGAGUCCCUGGAGGCCGGGCACUCCUGCUGCCCCCCCAUGAUGCCCCCUGCUGUGCCCCCCAGCUCCUCUGCCCCCACCUCCAGUGCCACCUCAUUCAAUCUGGAGGAAGCCUUGGAUAUUCCGGUGGAGUCGAUCAAUCACAUGCUCCCCCCUUCGACCAGCAGCAUGGGAAACCUCUCCUCAUUGGAUGUUACCAACGACGACGAGCUGCCCACCGACCUCAGCAACUCCUCCGAUACCCAGGAAGAAAGUGAGGUGGAGGCGUUCUGUGCUGACCUCGCGGGGCGCGUGCACGUCAACCGCGUGGUGUGCAUGAGCGUAGACAAGCUGCACGACCUGCUGUUCUCCGCCGACACGCAGUUCCUCCAACACCUGUUCACCCAGAGACACUUCACCGACCUGACGGUGGGCGAGUGGCAGCUGGACGCGGUGGGGAACAGCAGCCGCGUGCUGAGCUACACCAUUUCCAUCAACAACCCCCUGGGCCCCAAGACGGCCCCCGUCGUGGACACUCAGAGCCUGUUGAAGAGCAGCUCCCAGGGCCAUUGCUAUGUGGUGGACUCUGAGGUCAUCACGUCGGGCAUCCCUUACCAGGACUACUUCUACACCAUCCACCGAUACUGUCUGACCUCGCUCGGCAAGAACAAGAGCCGCAUCCGAGUGUCGUCUGAUAUCUGCUACCGGAAGCAGCCCUGGAGUCUGGUCAAAGCUCUGAUUGAGAAGAACACCUGGAGUGGUAUCGAAGAGUACUACAAACACAUGGAGAGCGAGGUGUGCAAGCUGGAGACUCUGCUCCAGUCCGAGGUCUCCGUGGUAACCAGCGGUGAGGCGGGCAGCAUCGACAGCAUCCAGGGUCUGUCGGCGCUGCGCCGCCGCAAGCGCCUGGGCUCGCGGCGGGCGAACGACACGGAGAGAGAGGGGCCGACCGCCGCCGGCUCACCCGAGCGAGGAGAGCGAGGGCUGGGGGACGACCGGGACCGCAGAGACAGCGCUCACUACCGCAGCCAGGGGGAGCACUCCACUGGACACACCAGCGUCUCCACUAUGCUGCUCAUCGUUAGCUUCAUUCUGGUGGUGUUGGUCGCCCUCAACGUUCUGCUCUUCUAUAAACUUUACUCUCUGGAGAAAGCUGCUCACAACCUCGAUACUUGGACCUCUGACACCCACAGCCCCUCCCCCCAGACCCCAGCUGAUUGGCUGCAGGUGCUACAGCUCCAGCGGAGGUUCCACCAGAACCAGCUCAACAAGUGGCAACAGAUCCUCUCAUCCUCAGUCUCUCUGCUAGACCAGAUGAAGAGGUCUCUAGAGAAGCUACAGCAGGGCAUCCCGGUCCCCGAGGUGCAGCAGGACUCCCCCCCGCCUCCCCCCACAGAGCGCCACCCCGACCCCUGACCUCCCGGCCCUCCCGAACUCUCUGAGAGUCUCUGCCUCCACUGGCAGGACCACUGCAAUAAACCAGUCUGGACUGGGUCUGGUCUAGUCUCGGUACGGCUCCGGACUAGUUCCGGUCUGUAUCUCCUCCACGGGACCAUUUGGGGUGUUGGAGCUUCUACAAAAUAUCACUCUGCUGCCUAACUCACACACACACACACACACACACACCCGCCGACACACGCACACAGAGACACACUGAGUCUGUGAGGACCUGAGACAUAUCAAAACAUUUCAGAUGAACUGACUUUCCGGAGUCGUCUCCCUUUAAGAACGUGGGGCGUGGCCUACGGGCCGCUAACAGUAUUUAUUUCUUGAUUAUUUCAUGAUUAUUUUGUAUAGUGAGUUUCUUGAAGCUCUGGUCGGACGUAGCAAUAAUGACCUGACGUUCUAGAACCUUGAGGGGGGGGUUGUGUGUGUGUGUGUAUGUGUGUGCGUGUGUAUGUGUGUGUGUGUGUGUGUGUUUGUGGACUAAAAAGGGAACCAUGUUACAGCUUCACCUCCGAUCUGGAUUAGUUACAUUAUACACUUUAUUUAAAGACUUCUACCACUUAUAUCUCUCUCUCUCUCUCUCUCUCUCUCUCUCUCUCUCUCUCUCUCUCUCUCUCUCUCUCUCUCUCUCU